AUGGCCUCGUUUUGGGCCUUUACCUUUGGCGCAGAGCAAGACUAUUCGAUCGUCCUGCGGAUGUUUCAAUUCAUUAGCACUUAUCUGAAUGGCUUCGGCUCCUUCCUUAAGAAGCAGCCGAGCAAUCUCUGGGCGGUUAAAUCUUAUCGCAGCUUGGAGAGCUGUGCCGAAAUGACGACCAGCCUCUUGAUUGACAUGAGCUCCAUUUUCGAUAAGAAACUGAACAACAUCGCAAUGGUCACCCGUUGA